AUGGGUCACGAAUCGAGCGGCUGUACAAGGGAUGUUUCGCCCUGGCAACCUACGCGUUUGCUAGACAUAGGUCGAUCCAAAGAUGAAAUUUGCAAAAUUGUUUUGCGACCACAGAAUGCCAGUCAGACCCGCACGUACAUCACGCUGAGCUACAGAUGGGAUGCAAAAAAGCAACCUCGGCUUUUAUCCUCCAAUAUUGAUGACUUGCUUCGAGGCUGGGCGAUACGAACACUCCCAAAAACAUUCAGAGAUACUAUAGUUGUCGCUCGUGCCCUCGGCGUAAGAUACCUAUGGAUCGAUGCAUUGUGUAUUAUCCAAGAUUCUCAUGAAGACUGGGAGCGUGAGUCUGCAUGUAUGGGCUUAGUGUACUCCAAUGGACUAUGCAACAUUGCCGCUUCGGCAUCUGAUGGUCCAGAUGGUGGAUUGUUUCGGAACAGGAUUGCCGAAAGCAUCCGCCCAGGAUGUGUCCGAGCGAAACCUCUUCACGACACCCGGAGCCAGACAUUUAACAUCAUCGACACUCUCUAUACUGAGCGGCAGCUGCGACACACAGCUUUCUUCAAGAGAGGAUGGGUAUUUCAAGAGAGAAUGCUUGCCCCAAGAGUGAUUUACUUUGCAGAAGAACAGGUAUUCUGGGAAUGCCACCAAGAACUGAAAUGCGAAGCAUUCCCAACUGGUAUCCCUUUCGCUGGUUCUUUCAAGGCCCUACUUCCAGAACUUUUAACGAAUUUGUUGACCUGGUCGCGGGGAAAAUGUGUACCAUGCACCGUGUUCCGACAGUGGAACCGUGUAGUCCAGGGCUAUUCGGAUAGCCACUUCACUUUCAUAACGGACAAACUUCCUGCUUUCAUGGGUAUCGCCAACUAUUUCAAGCCUUUUAUUCAUGCAGACUACGCCUUUGGUAUGUGGAAUGCUGGUCUUGAAAAGCAGAUGGGAUUCUCGGUAGAAAGCCCGGUCAUGAAGCGGAGUCGAGAUCAUCGAGCACCAUCAUGGUCGUGGGCCUCUCUUGAUGGUCCUGUGCUUUUCACUAACUUACUUUCCGAGGUGAUCCCCAAGACUUUCAUGCAUAUUAAAUUCGAACAAGAUGGGUUUUCGCAGGGCCAACUACAUUUGCAAGGAGUUUUGACUCAUGUUACCUACUCUCACGCAAGGUCAAAACGGAAUUCAACUGUCAUUUUGGAGAACGGGAUAAACCUCGAUAUAAUUCUUCUAAGAGAUCAUUUGGGCAUUAUUUUCAGCAAAGGCACAAAGCUUACGCUUCUCGCGUUUGAGUCUUCGCGCAAUCCGUCUCCAUAUUUGAACUGCCUUGUUCUGGAGCCGAUUCUUUGUGCCUUGCCUAUGACGAAUUAUAGGCGAAUUGGCUUUGCCAGUGUAUUUCAAAAAGAGGAACUCAAUUCUGAAUUACUCGAACCUGAGAAGUUUCAUUCCCUGGGGGUUAUAUUUACGGAUAGCUCGGCCAGUUCUGAGGUAUCAAGACUUUCGAGCUUAAUUAUCAUCUAA